AUGGCGAUGACCAAGAACUUCCGGAUAUUCCACAAGCUCGAACCACCUUAUAGUGUUAUCUUGGAAAAUAGAAACAUUGAUGACACUUUGAUGUUCGAAUCGAGUGCACUGGCUGUAUUAUCCGCUGCUGAAACUGAAACCAUCAAAAGACAGUAUGUGAAAAUCCUGGAUGCCUAUGGCUGUUUAGGUGUACUCAAUCUUAACAUAGGUGAGGAAAACAUUCUGUACCUGGUGUUGGUAACUGGUUGUUUGUCUGUCGGAAAGUUGCUGGACUCGGAAAUAUUCCGUAUCACAACCACACAGUGUGUAUCACUACGGAAUGGGCCGGGAGAUGAAGACAGAGUGGCAGAAGUUCGGAAACUUCUCAACUCGGGGACAUUUUACUUUGCAUGGUCAUCUGCUGGAGUUCCCUGGGACCUCACGUUGUGUGCCCAAAAGAAGUUACAGGACCAUAAUACUGACAACCGGUUCUUCUGGAAUCGUAGGUUGCAUGUCCACUUCCAAAGGUUCGGUGUUGAGUGCGACCAGUGGUUAUUUAAGGCAAUAUGUGGUGGUGUAGAGAUUCGCACAAUUUAUGCUUCGCACCGCCAAGCUAAAGCAUGCCUCAUAUCUCGUCUUAGCUGUGAGAGGGCUGGCACACGAUUCAAUGUCCGUGGAGCCAACGAUGAUGGACAUGUAGCCAAUUUUGUGGAAACGGAACAGGUAAUAUUUCUAGAUGAACACAUCUCCUCCUACAUACAGACACGUGGCUCAGUUCCUCUUUUCUGGGAACAACCAGGUAUUCAGGUUGGAUCUCAUAGAGUGAAAAUGUCACGUGGACAUGAGGCCUCUGCCCCAGCAUUUGAGCGCCACCUGGCGAUGCUGAAGAGACUGUACGGUGACCAGGUGAUUGUGAAUCUACUAGGACAGAAAGAGGGUGAACAUAUGCUGAGUCAGGCUUUCUACGCACAUCACAAAGCAUCAAGCUUCAGUCAGAUGAUGACCCUUAUCAUGUUUGAUUACCACAGUGAAUGCAGAGGAGGCAACUUCAAAAACCUCGAGCGACUCAAAUACAAUAUUGGAAAACAUUCUGCCAACUUUGACUUCUUCUAUAGUCAGGGCUCAGAUGUACAGAAGUUCCAAAGUGGAACCGUAAGGACCAAUUGUUUAGACUGCCUAGACAGAACCAAUGCUGUUCAAACCAUGCUUGCUCUUGAGAUGCUGCCAAAACAACUGGAUAGUCUCGGUCUGGCGAACAAACCACAAAUGGUGUCACGGUUCAUUGAGAUUUACAAACAGAUCUGGCAUGUCAGUGGAGACCAUAUAAGUAGAAUUUAUGCUGGUACAGGUGCACUUGGUGGAGGCAGGUCAAAGUAUUCUGAUGCUGCUCGAUCAGCUACUCGCACUAUACAGAACAACUUCCUGGAUAGUAGCAAGCAGGAAGCCAUGGAUAUGUUGCUGAUAGGGAGUUCCCUUAGAGGAGAGCUCGCUGAUAAAGUACGAGCUCUACUUACUACCAGGAGUCUUCAUGGUCCUUCUAUGGUUUUACAGUCUAUGAUAAAUCGUCACAAGGACUUCACCUUUGUUAGCCCUCUUAGAAUAUUUAUAGGGACCUGGAACGUAAAUGGAGGCAAACAUUUCCGCAGCAUCGCCUUCAAACAUCAGUCGAUAUCCGAUUGGCUUCUUGAUGCUCCCAAGAUUGCUGCUGAGAACCACCCAGAACUCCUGGCAGAAGGAACAGACUUAAGUAAACCUGUGGAUAUAUUUGCAAUUGGCUUUGAAGAAAUGGUGGAUCUUAAUGCAAGUAAUAUAAUGAAAGUGAGCACAACUAAUGCCAGAGAAUGGCAGAAAGAAUUACAGAAGGUCAUCUCUCGGGACAAUAAAUAUGUCAUACUGACCAGUGUCCAGUUGGUGGGUGUGGUACUCUAUGUCUUCAUAAGACCACACCUCGCACCUUGUAUCAGAGAUGUGGCUGUUGACCAGGUAAAGACCGGUUUAGGGGGAGCAGCCGGUAACAAAGGGGGUGUGGCCAUUCGCUUCCUCUACAACAGCACCUCCAUGUGCUUUAUGUGUGCUCAUCUGGCGGCAGGUCAGUCACAGGUCAACGAUCGUAACAGCGACUUCCAUGAAAUUGCUAGGAAAGCUGCAUUUCCUAUGGAGCAGUGCAUGGGAAAGACAAUUUCAUCACAUGACUAUCUAUUCUGGUGUGGAGAUUUUAACUACAGGAUAGAUCUGGCUAAUGAGGAAGUGAAAAAACUUGUUGAGGAUCAUAACUGGGGUGCCCUCAUGGAGUUUGACCAACUUAACAUUCAGAGGAAGGAAGGAAAGGCAUUUGCAGGAUUUCAGGAAGGAAGAACAGAUUUUGCACCAACAUAUAAGUACGAUCUGUUCUGUGAUGAUUAUGAUACUAGUGAAAAACACAGGACACCUGCAUGGACUGACCGUGUCUUGUGGCGUCGGAAACCCCUUAUAAGGCAUAAUGCCCAGUUAUUGGAACCAGAAGAGAAGUGGGAUCAAGGGAGGUUACUCUUGUACGACAGAGCAGAACUACGCACUUCAGAUCACAGACCUGUAUUAGCACUGUUGGAUGUAGAUGUCCUGGAGGUCAAAGAAGAGAAGAAAUCUGAGGUGUUCCGAGAGGUCAUAAGUCAACAGGGCCCCUCUGACGGCACAAUUAUUGUAUCUACGGCAGAUGGAGAGUUUGACGAUGACAUGGUAGACACAGUUGUAGAGACGUUUACUGAACUAGGAGACAUAAUUCUGGUGCGGUUUGUGGAAGAAGACAUGUGGCUCAUCUUCAGAUAUGGACAGAGUGCCCUGGCAGCACUGCAGUAUAACCAGCAACAGAUCGGUGGAAAGCAAAUUUCUGUGAGACUAAAGACAGUAAACUGGCAGUCCCAAAUCGAACAGGAAAUGGCACUGUGUGCAUCAAACAGUGGCGCCCUCUUUAAUACCACCACAAACAGUCUCCUUGGUGAAGACUUUAAUAUUCCAGGGAUGGACUUCGAAUCAGAAGGUCUUCAGUUUGACGAAGACGAUGAAGAGGAUACCACAAAGGAAGCAGCUCUAGCUGUGCCAAUCCUACCCACUCUAUCAGGAGCUAACUCCCCGACAGGCUCUGGCAGAAACAGUCCUGCCCUAUCAGAUGAUGGCUUGCUGGAUGCACCAACACGCCCUCCUGCCCCAGAGAGGCCAAAGCCGAUGGGAGUGCCUACACGUUCCACAGAACCAAGCAACCUUAUAGUACCAGAAACUGAAAUCAAAGUCCGAGAGUCACGUUCGCCUGACACGAAAAGAAAGGUACCACCACAGAGACCGUCUGCCCCACCUACCAAACCUCCACCACCACAGCGACCCGCUGGAGGUUUUCCCAAACCUGGAACAGCUCCUGCAUCAGUCACUGUAGUCAACAACCAGACAUCCACCAACCAGUCACCUAAAAAGUCACAUCCAGUACGACAGCCACUAGGGUCACGGACCAUCAACCAAAUCAAAUCGAACAAGAAAGCCACCAAGAUAUCUCGGAUCGGUCUUCCCACCAAUGUCCAACAUCAUACUCAUGCUGCUAAUGCAGGGGAGGCUGAAGCAUUGAUAGAACAGCUGAUGUCAGGUGGUAAUCCUACUCUUCUACCCUCCCCCAUCAAACCAGGUGGACAGCCACAACCUGCGCCCCCUAUACCACGCAGUAGAACAAGUGAAACAGACUUGCACAAGUCUCUGGACCCUACAGGUCCUGCACCAUUGGACCCUCCUAAGCCAGUCCCCAGAGCCCGCAGUUCUGGUAAUAUUGCUGCCAAUGACAUUCCGAAUAGACCACCACGGAAAGGGGACAAUCCAAUUUCUGAGGCAUCAAACGGUCAAGCUGCUCAGCCUCAGACACGGCCUCGUCCUGUCCCUCGUCAGAGUUGUGCUGUAGAGAAUGGGGAUGUUCCUGUCCCUGGGGAAAGGGCAGCACCAGCACCCAUCUUACCAACUCAGCAACAGAAUGGGGUUCAGCCCGCUCCACUGGGACAAAAUCCCUUCAGCAGUCCGUCUGGCUUCUCCUUACUGGACAAACCAUUAUCACCAGAAAAACCCAUGUCGACGGAGGUAGACCCAUUUGAUACAAGUAACAUUCCUUCACAAUUCCGAAACAACAAGGCGCCACUAUUACCACAACAACCAUACAGUACUCCACCCGUAGAAGAUUUCUCACUGCAAAGGGAGACAAACUAUUCUACUGACCCAUUUCAAACUGAUUUCACAGAGGAAUCCCCACCAUGUCCAGAUUUCCAGCCUCCAUCUAUACCACCCCCGGAGUUGGGGUCUGUGCCCCCUCCCCCACAAGAAGCUCCUCCCCCACCCCCAAGGGAAGACUCUUUUGCUGACAAUCCCUUUGACAAUAAUGUGCAAUAUGAAGAUGCAGACUUUGAUGUCCCUCCCCCUUGUAGUUUACCACCAAGCCUUCCUCCUCCCCCUCCUCCUAGACCUGCUGUAGACAUAGCACCUCCCACAAGUUUACCCCCUGUCCCCUCUAGACCCCCAGUGAUAGCUGAACCAGGAAACUUGCCACCAGUUCCUGCCCGCCCCUCUUUAACCCCAACUGCUCCUCCCCCUAACCAUCCCCCUGUACCCAGCAGACCAAAUUUACCCCCUGUCCCUCCUCGAGUUUGACUUGGGGUAAAAAAUUAGACUAAGAAAAAUAAUUGGAACUGUCUAUUCUCGUUUUCGUCAGUAUUUGUAAUAGCUGGAUUGGAUUUACCAUGACACCUGUGUUGAAGAUUUGUGUUAACUUUUUUUUUGUGAUUUUGAAAGAAAGAUACCGGUAAUAUGUUACUAGUACUUAUGGAGGCUUCAGAAAUUCUACUCUUGCGAUUUGCUUCCUGCUUGGGUCUUAUCUGUAUUGGCUUAUUAAGUGAAUAGAAUUUCCUUAUGGCUAGGAACAUCUGUAAAAUGCCAUUUGGUGGACAACAACAGAACAUAUUCUGGAAGAUUGGAAAGUCUUGACUUACGUUUUUUGCCCUUGAACAAGAGGCAAUUUUUGUGCAAUCUUUGACCAAUACUUGUAGAGAUUUAUCAUAUUGCAAACUUUAUAGUUCAUAUAAAUAUAUGUUAAAAUUUAAGAUUUCAAAGAAGUGAUCCUGAUUCAAUAAUGUAGAGUUUUAUAAUUAAAGCAUUACAUCAUGGGUCACUGAGAAUCUUUGGAAAAUUUUCAGCUCGGGAUUUCCUUUCACAAUUCAUUCAUUUAGAAAAUAAUUUUUGAAGGCCAAAGUGUCCUCAGCCACAAUCUUCCAAAAUUUUCUAUUGUGUAUUAUUUAAUGAGAUUCAGACCUCGAGAUUUGUACCAAUUGUUUAUGAUUUUGUUUGUAAACAUAGCAUAUAUAUACAAUACGUAAUUAUUGUAGGAAAUAGGUAGAGGCUGUAGUCUAUUUCCUGACUAAACAGAACUUGUAAUUUAUGGUACCCAGUGUGUGUGUAGGGUACAGCUAGUCAAUCUAUUUCAUUGUGUUAAGAUUAAAUGUAUUGCAUCAAUUUUGGAUCCAAAUUGGAACAUGAAAUGACCAUCAAAUGGUUACACACAUAUAUAAAUAGAUUUAUGUAAUGUCUGGGGAAAACUCUACAACACUAGGAAUACGAUACUGGAUGUUUACUGUCAAGAUUAUCUUUUUAAUUUAUUUGUCAACAAAAUGAAAAAAAAUACAGUAAUUCAUAUGUUAGAUGAAAAAUUCUUUAUAAGAUUUUUAAGUCUGAUGGCAAGAAUGCGGUUUACUUUGUUUGUGGUGUCUGUACUUAACUUAUUGGCCAGUUAUCUGGAAGUGAAUGUAUGUUUUAAAAACACAUUCCAACGCUGUAAGUGUUAAAGUGCUGAUAUUCUGCUUUUAAGUUCAAAUGUUUGUUAAUGUGUGUUUUAGUGGCAUUGUUUGGUAUCAAAAUGUUUGUUAAUGUGUGUUUUAGUGGCAUUGUUUGAUAUCAAAAUGUUUAUUUCCUAUGCAGUGCAAAAGAAUUUGUAUCUUUUUUUUUUCUUUUUUUUUUUUUUUUCAAUUUUUUGAAGUGUAUAUGUUCAAUUAUCAUUUUGAGCUCCUUUUUCUUUGUAAACAAUAAAGUAAAUGACAUGUUGCAUUGUCGGGGACCAGAUUAAAGUUAUUACAUUGAUAAUCUAUUGUUUGUUUGUAUAUAUGUAAAUACAAAAACAAUGAAAUUCAUAACUUGAGAUUACAUGUUAAAAAAAUGUUCAUUUCAUAAAAUUAAACAAUGUGAAAUUUUGAUGUUAACUAUUUACCAAAUAUCACUUGUUUUAAAAAUGAAUGUAUUUGUCAGGAGAGGGCAUUUUUUUCUAAACACUGGAGGCAUUCAUUAUACUGUAUAUGUAACAAGCCUCGGCAGUGAGUAAAAAAAUACAAUGAACUGUUCCAAAACAUGAUUUGUUCAAGAAAGACCAUAGUUUUAUGUUUAGAAUUAGUUUUAAACCUUAUUGAAUCUUUUGUAGCCAAAAUUUGGAUCAUUCAAGCACACCAACUCCAAGUCUCUACAGUGAGUCAGUUAUCAGAAUAUCAGCAUCAAAUUUCACACUGCUUAAUGCUCAUGAUGUACUUUCUUGCCAGAGAACAAACAAUUCACAUUAUGUGUAACAAUAUGCGAUUACCAUUAUAUCAUUGCUUAUCUGAUUGCCUGAUUGACUGAAAUUUACAAUGAAGUAUUUCAUAUUUAUCUUUUUUAAAACUCUUGAUCACAAGACAAAUCUUCACACAUAUGUAUUUCUACCAUUAUCAUUUUGAACAAAAACACAAUUUCAUUCGAAAUAACUUGAUCUACAUUUCAUGUUUGUUUUUUUAUUUCAGUCGAAUGUCAUAUGAAUAAAUUCUUGGCAUAGACUAAAUUCCAUUUAUAUGAAACUCAACUUAUCUAUUUUCUUUCUUCUUGCAAAACAAUGCUAGAGAAAAAUGUUCUGUCCAAGGUUUUGCCUCAAAACAUUCUGCGUGAUAGUUAAGAUUUGUAUCCACCAAUAACCCGAUGCUUGUUAAUAAGCCCAUAUCUAUAGCUAUUCAGUAAUAUUACAAACAAGUUCAAUUUGGUUGUCCUGUUUUGAAUUGUUGUGGUAGUGACUUCCAGUAAUGUCAUUCUAAUUUAAAACAAUUGUGGAAUCAUCUAACUUUGACAAUGCUGUGAUUAUUAUAUUUAACAAAAAUAUUGCCAGAACAUUUAAAACAUAUUUUGUGAUCCUAUAAAAUAUUUUGUUUUAUUUAGACUUCCAGCUGUGGGUGCAUCAUGUUUUUUAAUAUACGCUUUGUCUUGUGUGAUGUAUGAUACCAACUUUAAUGUAGUGUACCAGGUAUUUGAGUUAUUGAUUCUCACAGCGAUAUAUAUUUAUUUUUAUUUGAGCUUUCCACAUGGAAAAGAUUGGGUACUUACAUGAGAAAUACAUUGCUUGCUGGUUAACACUAAUUUUAAUCUAGAUAUUUUUUUCUCGACAAUCUGACAAUUUCUUCUAUAGAAUUCAUGAUUCACUCCAUUUCAUUAAUGCUUUUUACAGUAUUGUCAUAUUUUCUACAUAAUUGAAUAUUAUUUGCUACUUUAGUUUUCAGAUAACCUCUCUUUCUUUUUCUACAUGAUGUAAUACAGGUGUUGAUAUAUAAAUCUAGUCAUUCCCUCUAAAUUUUACAUUUCUGGUAUAUUAACAUAUAGAAUAUAUUUAAUUAAGUAAAGUUAAGGCAUGAUUGAGCAAAACUUCAAUAUUUAACAUAAAAACCUCUUUUUCCAAUACAUGUACAUAGUCCCAGGACCUUUAUAACUUACAUGAAAUUAUUAUCUUAAAACUUCUUGAUUGGUUGAUUUACGGGUUUCAGUCUCUACCUGUUGUUGGGCACUGUCUAACCAACAAACAUCAGUGUUGAAGUAACCUCUAAAUUUCUCAGGCUGCUAAUUAAAGUAAAAUAUUGAAUAUUUGUAAAAAUUAUUUUUUCAUUUAUACUUUGAAGAUAUUGAUUAUACUGAAGAAAUAAAGGGAAAAUAUAUAUUAAAAUGCAUCUGGAUAUCUGGUAUAUAUUCCCGAGAUGGUUUUUAUAAUCUAAUAAAAAUUUUGUCUUUUUGAAAUUUAAAAUGUUGAAUAUUUUUUAUUAAUAUUUAUUGCAGAAAUAAUAAUAUAUUACUGGGUAAUCUUUAUGCAUUCUGAAAAUCACCUUUUGCUUUCUGUACAAGUAAAUUUUUUGCAAUAUUAGAGUUCUCUGCAGCAAAUUUAAAUAGAAAAUGUUUUCUCAUGCAAAAAGAAAAAGAAAUAGUUAUGAAAAACAAUAAAGGUAAUGGCUUUGAAGUUGUCGAAGUUUAAAUCAAGAAUUGUAUGUAAGCUAUUAAUAUCUCCAUGACAUGUAGUUCUGUUCUGUGGAAUGAUAAUGGCACUUGAUUUCCUGUUUAAGUAAAAUGGUCAAUAAUUGACUCGUUACAGGUUUGUAGUGUGUCGAUUGUCCUGUUGUUUACAUAGACUGUACAAUAACUUCACCAUACAAAGAUAAAACUGUUUCAGU